GCGCGACCACCACCGAUAACCCCUGUGUUUGAGCGACGGCUUUGAUAAAAGACAGCCAGUGAGCUGUUCAGGAUAUUGAGAUGGAAUCCCCAUCAAUCAAUCCCGAGUCCCCAAUGGAUCAGGACGAUGUGCCUUACCCUUGCAAGGGCUGUGGAGAAAUCCUAGAAGAAGGAAAGGCCUUUGAAUUAGCGGGCAACAGAUGGCAUAUUGAUUGCUUCCGAUGUAACACUUGUAACACAUUGCUCGAUUCUGAUGCUCAUCUGCUGCUCCUUGGUGAUGGGUCUCUAAUCUGCAGCAACUGCACAUACAGCUGCAGUUCCUGCGGAAACAAAAUCGAAGACCUAGCCAUUCUAACCGGCGACCAAGCAUUCUGCGCCAACUGCUUCAAAUGCCGCAAUUGCAAGAGGAGAAUCGAGAACCUUCGCUAUGCUAGGACAUCGCAGGGUAUAUUUUGCAUGGACUGCCAUGAGUCGCUCAUGCAACGACGGCGCAAGAAAAAGACCGCCGCGAAGAAGCUCAACUUUCAGCUUGACAAGAGUCUACCUUCACUGCCACCCGGCUUGGAGCAAGAGCGCGCACCCCGGGAGAUUGAGCCUCCGCCAUCAAGGGAGUAUUCUGCUUCCCCAGAUGUUUCCUCCCACCACCGUUCUUCAGAGCAACGGAAUUCAACUUACGGCCGGGUGGAUGCCUCACCCGGUAACCAACCAGAGCCGCAGAACCAGGAUAAUCUCAUCCUCCCGUCGAGUGCCUACCGUCCCUCUUCUAACAAGCGUUACUCAGCAAUUUCUACCAAGUCAGAGAUGGAAGUUGGGGAUGAGUUCUUAAUACCCGUUGCGUUCGAUCCAACUCUCGAUGAACGCCCUGCAUCCCGUGGAGAUGAUGUAGCUAAUGAAGCGCGUGUGCCUUCGCGAGAUUACUUUGAUCCUGUUCGACCCGCGGGUUCGUCGCGCCACGUAUCUGCCGAUCGCCAAGAAAGUCUCCAGCAGUCAGCUUCCCAUAUUGCCUUCCAAGAAAAAGGGCGUCAGACGACGCAAUCUGAUACUAGUAACUGGCGUCAAGAUCCCACUCCCCAAAUUGCUCACAGUAAGAGCGAAAGCAAAGACAACUUCAAAUUACAGGAGGCUCCCAAGGGAAGGAAAUCCACUUCGACUGAAAGCUCCAAGUCGGAUCUCAAUGCGACCAAGGAUGGUACAUCUCUUUCGUCGACAAGCUCACCUAGUGCCGCUACCGCAGACACGUCGAAAGUACCCCAUAUUUCCUCCCAGGUAGCCUCGAUUAUUCCUACUUCAACACCGACAGUGUCAGGCCGCCCGUCAAAUGAGCCCCGCCAGUUGAAUGAGAAUAGCUCCGGUGAUUCGGGAAGGUCUCUUCCCACAUCAAACACAAUGCAAUUCCUUCCUAAAAGAGGUGACUCUCUAGAGCACUAUGUGUCAAGCCAAAUUCAACGCAAAGAUGUUGGCUCUGGCAAAGCCCCUGUUUAUGGCGAGCAAAAACCGAAUGUAGCUUUUGCAGCCUCGGAGAAAAAUGAUGAGGACGUGCUUUCACCUUCAAGUCAAUCGUCAGGGCUUCCAGAUCAGUCCAAAGAUACAUUUGUAGGCCCGAAUCAGCCCUCGCGAGACAUUGACCGUCUCCGUGAUGGUUCUAUUGCGACGGUUCGGUCAGAUAUGACGCGAAUCGAGGCGAAUACACCGCCUGCAUUGCUGCGAUAUAGUGGUGGCGGUGAUUUCUCGAUGGAUGAAGAUUUGGCUAGGAUCCUGGGAGCUGAAGCACUCAACCAGCAAGAAUCAAGUGAAUCAUUUAUGAGACGAGUUUCAAAUUCCGUUCGUCACGGGCGCAGUUUCAGUGACAAGGGCCACCGACUGUCUAAAGACAAGUGGCCGAAAUCUCCAGUCAACGGGGGCACAUUUGGCCAAGACAUUAGCAGCCCUAGUACAAGCUCGCCUGAGCAUCGGGAGGAUGUGAGUUGGCUUAAGAGUGAGCUGCGCAGAGAGCGGCAAAGAAUCAUAGAAAGAGAUCAAAGGAUCACAGAGCUAGAGAAGGCAUUGAAUGCUCAAGCUGAUGUGAAACAAGCUGACAGCGAGUUGCGCGAGAAGCGGUCAACAAUGGUGUCCUUGGAUACUAAAAAGGAAGUGGUUCUGCGUGAACUGGCAGCAAUCACUGAACAUCUGGAAAAGGAAAGACACGGUAGUGCUCCUAUGGACCUAGCCAAGCUGACAAAUAAUGUCGUUCGUGGCUUUGCAGAGAAGCUCCAGCAACUGAAAGAUUCAUUCUCUCCACAAAUCGAGGAGCUUAUGCAACAACGAACAACCCUGCUUGAGGAGGUUGCAAAUCUCUCUCGCAUGAAAGACAAGAGCUUCCAAGAAUUUGAACAACUCUCAUCUAAGAAUGCUCAACUGGCAGAGUUGAACAAUCAGUUAGUUCACCAGAUUCAAGGAAUUUACAAAGCCAACUCCACAGUCGAUGCGUCUCGUCCCACCAAUGGGCUGGGCAUCUACUCUCAUAGCAAGGAAAAAUCAACUGGCUCGGUGGAUGCUGGCAGGCAGGGCGAUCUCGCUAGUUCUAUUUCUACCAUGACAAUUCAAGACGAAGCCGAACCGGCCACCAUUGUGCCUGGGCCGCAAGUUGUCAGCAUUCGUAAAGGUCAGCCGCGCAAGUUUAACUGGAAAAGAGGCGGUCAGACAGUUGCCAAGGGGGUCACGAAAGGACUCAAAGGAGCCUUCUCCAGUGAAAGGGAGCUCACACCUGAUGGUAUUGUACAAAGUGUAGAAGGAAAUUCACCUAUGCCGCGUUCGCAAACGCAGGAGCCUAGAUUUGGCUUUUUCGGCAAUCAGAAACGGCAAGCGGCAUGGAAAACUCAACAGAAUGGCAGCUACCAAGGUCUGGCUGAUGCUGCUUCUGUUAAUUCCGAAAGUCUCUUUGGAGUCGAUUUGGACCAACGAAUGGAAGUGGAGAAAAGUAUUAUCCCUUCUAUUGUCACGCGCUGCAUUCAGGAGGUUGAGCUUCGAGGUAUGGAUGAAGAGGGAAUCUACCGUAAAUCGGGCGCUUCAACUGUCACCCAGAACAUCCGAGAUGGAUUUGAGCAUGCCAAUGACUUUGAUAUAUCCGAUCCUGAUUUGGAUAUCCAUGCAGUGACCUCGGCCCUAAAACAGUAUUUCCGCAAACUUCCCACGCCUCUCAUCACUUACGACUCUUACGACAUAGUCCUUGAGACAAACGAGGCUACUCCACAUUCUGGUCGGAUUGAGGCGUUGCGUGCCGCUCUUGAAACUCUUCCUCGUGUGCAUCGUGAUGUGCUUGAAUUCCUUGUUUUCCACCUCAAGCGUGUCGUGGAGCAUGAGAAGCAGAAUCUCAUGACCAGCCAGAAUGUCGCUGUUGUCUUUGCUCCUACUAUCAUGCGGCCCAAAGAGAUUGCUCGUGAGAUGACUGAUGUGCAAAAGAAGAAUGAAGCUCUGAAAUUCAUCGUGGAGAAUUGCCAGGAAAUAUUCAUGUAAAGUUCCUGCAUAUGCCUAUGAAAAGAUGAAAAUUUCUUAUGCCACUGCUUUUCUUUCUUUCUGCAAUUAUACAAAAUACCCUUCCUAUUUGUGCUAGGUUAUCUCAUCUUUUGGAUCCAAAAUCAACACGACACCCUCAACACUUGAAUUUGUUGAUUGCCCGAACCCC